UAUAGCACAUUUAUUUCAUUCAAUCUUUGGAGCUCUAACCCUUCGGACUGUUUUGUGAAAACACACAAAAUAAAACCGAAAUUCACAAUUUUCCAACUUCUUCCAAGCAAAGACAAAAGCAAAUUCCAACGAUGUGCAGCUGGCCUUGUUAUCCCUCUGCCGCCCUCUGCCCCUGCGGUGGGUGUGGUCCCAGUGGCUACUACGAUCCCUGCUUUGGACCCUACAAUGGUCCAUUCAACUCCUGGUGCGGUGCAAGUGGUCCAGGCUUUUGGGGCGGACGCUGUUGCUAGUCGGCGCCUGGACAGUAUAGAUCGGCGGUAGUCUUCACAUGCAACAGUCGGGAGGGUUUGAACAUUCAAAAAUGCAAUAAAAUUCUAUGUAUAAAUAUA